AUGGUUGGCAAAAAAUCCUAUCUAACCCCGUAUCCCGAUUCUUCUUCGAUCACAAUUUUUGUUAUUUUUUUUACGAUUGUUUCUCUCUUUCUCUUUCUCCCUUUUCCUUCUCCCUCUCUCUUUCCACACUCUCUCUCCCCUUUCUCUCUUCCCCCUCUCUCGCUUUUCCCAUUCUCUCUCCCUUCUCCGCUCUCUCUCUCUCUCUUUCUCUUUCACCACAUUCUCUCUCUUCAUCCCCCUCUUUCUUUCCUUACUCCCACUUUCUCCCCCUCUCGCCCUGUAUCUCUCCUUCCCCAAUGUCUCUCUAUCUCUCUCCCCCUCUCUUUUUUUCUCUCUCUCUCUCCCUCUCACCCCCUUUCUCUCGCUUUCUCUCUCUGGUCAAAUGUCAAAAUGUCUGAAGAGAUUCUUUCUGUAAAUAUAUUCAACAAAUUGGCUCAAGUAGGGAACGUUGAAAAGAAAGAAAGAAAGAAAAAGAAAACAAAUUUCUUUUUCUUUCUUUCUUUCUUUCUUUCUUUCUUUCUUUCUUUCUUUCUUUUAGACUUUUCUUUUUUCAUUUUUUCUCAUUGUUCAUUCUUUCUUUUCUCUUUGUUUUUCUUUCUUUCUUUGAUCUUCCUUUGA